CUAGUGUUGUUGAGUCUCGUUGAGAAUAAAGCGCCAUGUGGAAACAGAAGGCGUUUCUCCCGCCUCGCCCCGCCUGUCUGUGGCAGCGGCCGUCCACUCAGCCGGGGAAACUUCUACAUCGAUCGCCUCCCGUUACGGGACCUGCCGGCUGGCGAUCGGUUUCGCGCGUAGAGGCUGUGUGACAAGGUCCUCAGCCUUCGGUGAAAGGGAUGUGGGGAAUGAUGCCGUCUCCGCGAACCGUGAGCCAGCUGCUCCUCCCGCUGUCUCAGGAGCCGCCGGCCGGCGUGAGGCGACGCCGCUCUCCCUCUCUGCUCGCCGCCUUCCUCCUCCUCCUCCUCAACGGCUCCACUGCCCUGGGAAUGCACAUCGGUCAAGUGACUUUCUCUGGUAAAGGUUCACAGUUUUCAAUGGCUACCCUGCAGUUUGCUUACAAUGGAGAAACGACCGUUCGCUUUAAUUAUACAACAGGAAAGUUUGUGGCCAUCAAUCCAAUUGUGAAGCCUUACAUGGACGAUCUGAACCACUAUACGGAGGUUAUCAAGUAUGUUACCUGCUGUGUUAAUGCCAUGCCUGUUGCCAUGGAGAUCGUUCACCAGGCUGUUCAAGCUCUGACGGCAAAGCCGAUGAUCACAAUAACCUCAAGACACCUGAAGAACGGAGAGAAUACCUUGACCCUGACAUGCCAAGUGCAUGGAUUUUAUCCCAAGAAAAUCCACGCAACAUGGCUGCGGAAUGGUGUGGCGAUCGAUCAGGAAGUGCUAAUGACGAGAAUUUUACCCAACCGGGAUAGGACGUUCCAAGUCUGGCUACAGGUCGAAAUUGACCCCGAGAAGGGUGACACUUACACUUGUGAAAUCGAGCAUUUGAGCGUCCCUGACAAGCUACAUGCAGUUUGGGUUCCCAAGAAUACCUAUCCAGUCUAUGGAUAUGUGAUUGGAAUAAUUGCUGGAAUAAUUGGCAUACUGAUUGCAGUGUCCGGAGGAAUGAUCAGGUGGAAAGCUCACCAUGGUUGUGGCUCUCAACGUGGGAUGAACUGGAUUCAAGGCUUCAUAUGUUCAAAUGCAAGUGCCUCUGUUACACACCCAGAACUCUGCUCACACGGUGAGGAGGACCGUCUGUCUGAAGAACUUGGCCAGAUGCCGAGGCCUGCCUCUGAAUGCACGACAGAAGCUUGAAAUCGAACUGUCAAAUUCACAACUUGCUGGUACUUGGAUACCUGGUGCCUGCCGUCUCCGUUCUCGUUUGUCUGGCAUGCAUUGGAAAUCACCUGCCUCACAAUGCAGCUUUUUACCUUGUGUUUAGCUCACUUCAGUUUGAUUUCCUAUUCACAUACGUUGACCAAAGGUGUAAGGUGCUCCUUCCCUCUGCUGGCAUGCAGGUCACCCCUGGGUAAGGUGUAGCACCUGCUUAUCCCCCUGUCAGAUUCGUGGGGCAUAAAUCCUGAUUUUGUGGCCAUUGACAAUUGACAACAGCCUGGCAGACAAUCUCUGGAGAGUAUUGAUAAUGGCUGGAAUCACUCGUUUUGUAAAACAACUCCCCAGAAGAAAGCAAUAGCAAACUAUUUCUGUAGAAUUUGCCAAGAGCCUAUGACCAUGAUCAUCCGCAUCCUACGACAUGGCACACGAUGAUGAUCAUGAUUCCCACUCCCACAUGUCUGUCCACGACUUCCUCUACUCCCAUGAUGAGGUCAGACUCAGGCUGGAGAAGCAACACCUCAUAUUCUCUAUGGGUAACCUCCAACCUGAUACCAUAAAUUUAGACUUUAUACCUUCAGGAAAUUGUUUCCCCAACCUUUUCCUCAUAUAUUCCGCAAUCUGCCUCCCCUCUUACCUCUUCGCUUAUCUUCACCUGCCCAUCACCUCCCUCUGGUGCUCCUUCUCCUUGCCUUCCCUCCACGGUCAACUAUUCUCUCCUAUCAGAUUCCUCCUUCUUUAGCUGUUUCCUUUUCCACCUAUCACCUCCCUGCUUUUCACUUCAUCCAGCCUCCUCCACCCAACCACCUUUCUCCGACUUCACCUAUGCCUGUCAGCUUCUUCUUCUCCCCUCCUUAUUCUUUCCCUUUCCUUUCCAGUCCUGAUGAAGGCUCUCAGCCUGAAACAUCAACUGUUUAUUUUCCUCCAUAGAUGUUACCUAACCUGCAGAAUUUCUCCACCAUUUUGUGUGUGUCUGUUGUUCUGGAUUUCCCGCAUCUCGUGUGCCUAUGUUUAACUGCAGUGCUGGAGACCAGUGUUGUCAGUGCCUGCAAAGCAGUUAUCAAGAGGUGCGGAGUCCUACAUCCUAAGGUACAAUUAACCUCUGAGCAAAAUCUUUCUGUUGCCGCACCUGCUUGGAAGAAUGAAGAAUGUCUGUGGAUUCAAAUAAAAUCUGUACAACACACUUUGUCAUCCAGCAGCAUGAUGAUUCAAGUUCAGAAAACUAAAAUACACACAUCGGCCGCUUCAUUAGAUAUCGCUUGUAUAUUUCUGGUCUUCUGCUGCUGUAGACCAUCCUCUUCAAGGUUCGACAUGCUGUGUGUUCAGAGAUGCUCUUCUGCACCCCACUGUUGUAAUGUAUGGUUAUUUAAAUUACUGUCACCUUCCUGUCAGCUUGAAACAGUAUGGUCAUUCUCUUCUGAACUCUCUGACUGACAAGGCGUUCUCGGACACAGAACUGACACUCACUGGAUUUUUUUUCUUUUUCACACCAUUCUCUGUAAACUGUUGUGUAUGAAAAUCCAACAGAGAUCAAAUUUCAAAGUAAAUUUAGUACAUAUACGCCGUAUGUCAACUCUGGGAUAUUUUCCUUUGCAGGCAUAAAAUAACCAUACAAGAAUUAAUGAAUGACCGCAUCAACUCAGGGGAACCUUGUGCAGAAGAUGACAAACUCUGCAAAUACAAAAAUGAAGAAAUGAUAAUAAAUAAGCAAUAAAUAUCAAGAUCAAGAGAUGAAGAAAUCUUGAAAAUGAGUCCAUUGGUUGUGUCAGCAUUUACAAUGAUGGGGCAAGUGAAGUUAUCCUGAGUCUCCUGUACCACCUUCAUGAUGGCAGCAGCGAGAAGAGAGCAUGU